AUUUUUGAAAAGACUAAACCCUCUUUCCAUUUCUCUCACUCUACAGAAGCUACAACAUAUAUUCACAGCAAAUCUGUACGUAUCGCCUCGGUUACAUUUCUCUCCGCACAUUUCAGCUGCGCCAUUGGAAAUAGUGAGAAAUGUCGAUUGCGGUUGGAGAAAUUGAAGAUGAGCUGAUUGAUCUAAACAAAGAGCCGCCAGUUGAGAGGAAAAGGAAAAGGAAAAGGAAAAUUAGUGAGGAGAGUAAUGCGGAUCAUAAGGGGGCUGAUGGUCUACCGAAGAAUGGUAGGGUUUUGAGGUCAAGAACAGUUGCCAUGAGCGAUGGUGAAAAACAAGUGAUUAAGAUGGAAAUAGUUAAGAUGGAGGACAAGGAGAGAACACAAGUGCCGGAGAUGGCGUUUGUGGAUAAAAAGAAGGUGGCCGUUGUGAAGAAAAAGGGUAAAAAGAAGGGUAGACGGGGAAGACCUCCCAAAACAGAGGGUAAAGACGAGGUUUCCUCGUUGAGUAAACAGAAGAAAAGGUCUGGGACCAGGAGGCCACCCAAAGAGAAAGGUGUUUUGCCUUCAGAUAACCCGGAGAAGGCUAGGCGCGGGAGGCCUCCGAAAGUAGAAAGUGAACGUGUGGCUUCUUCAUUGGUUGAGGAAAAUAUGCAACAGAAGAAGGUCGAUGAUGGUAGUGAUGGGGGUCGUAGAGGGCGAGGGAGGCCUCCGAAAGUAGAAAGUGAAUGUCUGGCCUCCUCAUUGGAUAAGAAACAUUUGCAACAGAAGAAGGUUGGUAAUCGUAGUACCGAGAUGGGUAGAGGUAGAGGAAGGCCAAGUAUUGCGCAAAAGGGUAAAAGGUCUCCAAAGGAGGAGAAUGAGGAUGUAGGGCUGGCAAUCAAGAAGAAAAUUGUCAAAAGAGGUAGAGACCGUAAAGAACCUGGAGUUAGGGUUCAGUCAAAGAGGAUAAAGAUUGGUAUGAGUAAUAUGGGGAAUGGUGUUGUGCAGCAGAACAAGAAAAAGAUAAAAGAAGGUGAUGAAGGUAAGGAAACAGGGUUAAGGUAUCAAAAGCAAUUAAUUAGGGAUCAAAUAGUUGCUAUGCUUCAGAAGGCUGGAUGGUCUAUUGAAUACAGGCAGAGACUUGCCAGAGACUACUAUGAUGCAGUCUAUGUUGACCGGGAUGGAAGAACUCACUGGUCAGUGACAAAGGCUUACAAAAAGCUUGAGGAGAAGGUUGAUAAGGGGACUGCAGAUGAUACUGAUGUUUUGGCAUUUACUCCUAUCCCAGAGGAGACACUUAGGAUACUGUUCAGAAUGACUGAGCCAGGCAAGAAAAAAGGUAACAAAAAAAAGAUGAAUGCCACAGGAAGGAUUAUCAAAAGAGCUACUAAGGAGUCAUCAUCAGAUGGGAAGAUUAAAUCAAGACGGACUUUGCAGGCUUGUAAACCUAGGAAUGGAUCUGAUUCGGAUGAUUAUGAGUUAUAUGAAGGAAAACGUACUUUGCUUGCUUGGAUGAUUGACUACGGAACUGUUCCUCUUGGUGGGAAGGUUCUGCAUAUUGAAAUUCCUUCUGGAGAUUGGAACUGUGUUUACUGUUCAUGCAAGUUUUGUGGAACUGCGUGUGAAAGUACCGCAACCAGUGACGACGAACAGAAUUUAUCUUCUGAAUUGUUGGCAUGCCGUUUAUGCGAGGAAAAAUUUCACUUGCAUUGCACCAACGAGACGAUAGCUGAAGAUUUUAAUGAUGAAAGUAAUUCCUUUUGUGGGAAACAAUGCUUAAUGGGUACAUCUGGGAAUGCUGACAAUCCUUUACGUAGUGCAUGUGUCUCACUGAUCUUGGAUCGGUUACAGGAUUUUCUUGGUGUCAGACAUGAAAUGGGAGAAGAAUUUUCCUAUACUAUUCUUCAGCAUCGUGUUAUUAAUGAUGAUGCAUCACUUUUUGAUAACUCCUUGAAGAUAGAAAGCAAUUCCAAGUUAGCUGUUGCUUUCUCUGUUAUGGAUGAAUGUUUUGAACCUAUCAUAGAUGAGCGAAGUGGGACCAAUAUGGUUCAUAACGUUGUCUACAGCUGCGGGUCCAAUAUUAGACGGUUGAAUUAUGGUGGAUUUUAUACCUUUGUCCUAGAGAAGGGUGAUGAACUUGUUGCGGCAGCAUCAAUAAGAAUCCAUGGGAAACAAUUAGCAGAGAUGCCUUUUAUUGGAACUCGAUUCAUGUACCGGCGUCAAGGGAUGUGCAGCCGGCUCUUACGUGCAGUUGAAAUGAUUCUGUCCACUCUUGGUGUUGACAAACUGGUAAUACCCGCUAUAUCUGAACUUAACGACACAUGGACAAAAGUAUUUGGCUUUCUUCCCCUUGAAGAAUCAAUGAGGCAAGAAAUGAAUUAUAUGAGCAUGAUCGUGUUCCCUGGGGUCGACAUGUUGCAGAAACCUGUAUCAGGCCAACAGUCCGUUAGAGCAGAAAAUGACUCUGCAGCCACUGGAUGCAUUGAAAUCAGAAACGCUGAGCAUGAUGAUGACAUCAAAGAAAACACUGCAUCUGAUUCAAACAAUCAUGCUGAAGCUGCAGCUCAAGAGAAGCAAGGCGAUGACACUGGAGGUGAAGCUGUUGCAUCAAACGAAGAUGCAUCUCAGGAUGCUGAAAUCCAUGAUAGUGACAAAAAUGCUAUCAUGGAAUCAGCAGCUAUGGAGUCCACUGCGGCUCAAGAGAAGCAAGGUGAUGACUCCGGAGGUGAAGCUGCUGCAUCAAACGAAGAUGCAUCUCAGGAUGCUGAAAUCCAUGAUAGUGACAAAAUUGCUAUCGUGGAAUCUGGUGCUACCUUGCCAGGUCCCCCGUUGAGCAAGGAAGACGUCAAUGUUAAGGCUGUUGAUGGCGAACCUUCUCAAAAUGGGCUGUGUCUCGAUAACACUGAUAUGCCUGAAGAGGAGAGAGCCUUCCUUCAUAGCCACAACACAGGUAUUGACUGCAACGUUGAAGCACCGGAAUUAGCUGAGGAAUGAAUGCCUGUGGUGCUGAGGGGAGUUUUUUCAAAUGGGAAUGACUGUAAAUGUAGAGGUUGUAGUGGUAUGAGGCUGUGGAAAGUGAAGCUGGAACUUACUAAUGAUAUUUCCUUUGAUUAAUAUAACCCUGAGUAAAUAGGGGUUAAUUUUUCUCUACAUUUUGGAUGAGAUGUCGAGUUUUAACUUGUAUAGAAUAUUAAUCACCUCCCUUUAUGAAUGUACAUCUUUUGAGGUUA